UUAGAUUUACAUCGGUUGCCCCUCCUGUAGCUUGCACCAAUUCCAACUACUGGGGUGUGUAGUUAUUGUUCCUGCCUCCCGCUUUUCGUUGGGAUCCACAUUGUGUGGCAGUAUGCGCAGUAGUAAAAGACUACUAUGAUCCGGGAAGUGGAAGUCGGUAAGCUCAAACGACAUUUUAAGUAGGCCCUUAGUUAAGAAUGAUACUGACACAACCAACGAGAAAUGGAGCCAGCGUCACCUCAACGUGCCAAAGGCGCCCAAACCGAUUCUUGUAGGCUUUAUAGGUAUCAAAGAGCUCGUUCACGAUUCCUUGAUUUGCAUUGUGUUUCAUCAAUUUCGAGCUCUUUGCCCUGCAGCCUCGUUGUUUUAAAACCAAUGAGAAGGAAAGGUAAGCAUCUCCAACCGAAAUAGUCUCGACACGAGAGAAUUUAGGAUUUUUAAGUAGACGGUUGCACUCAAGGCAGCGUGACGGUCUACGGUUUUGACCAUGCGGUACCCACUCACAUUUUAGCGGAGCAGCAUUGGUUGGAUCCAAUUUUAUUGUACGAGACAUCACGUAGAAACAGUACUGAUAUCUUCUUUCUCACGGAGGAAGUAUAGAGCACCAUCAAAUCGAUCGGAAAAGGAUUCCUUUCCUGUCUCAACCCACAUUUUCACCCAUCACACAUUCUCUCCAAAACUUUGGCGGCCUGUUGUUGGUUAGUAUAGCACCGGUGCUUUACUACUCCCUCCUUUUUCUUGCCUUGUCUUGUCUCUACGCUUCCUCCUCUUGAACACGUCGAGUUGAUAGAAGCAACCAGCAGGUACAACCAAGGCAAACAAUCCUUUGCUCCACCGUCUUUUUCACCACCAAAUCAAUUUCACCAUGAGCAGCAGCAGCAGCAGUAACCACAACACCGUGGAACUUCAAGAUCGGUUGGAUGUUCUCUUUCGCCAAGAGACCACCUUUUACCUGACGAGCGACUACUUGGGCGCUCUCAUUCAAAAGCAACAACACAAGGCAGUGGAUGACAGCAGAAGCAGCGGCAGCAACAACAGCAAGAUGUUGAACCAACAUUGGAGAGAAGUCAUGUGCGAGUGGGCGUAUCACGUGGUGGAUCACUUUGACUUUCCACGUGACAUUGUCAGUGCUUGCAUGAGCUUUUUGGAUCGCUAUUUGGCGCACCAUGUCGAGAGACACCCCGAAGGCAUUCCCAAGCACGCCUUCCAAUUGCUGGCCAUGACGUGUCUCUACAUUGCGGUCAAGCUGGAUCAGCCAAGAAUGCUCUCGUUGGAGACGAUGGCUCAUUUGAGCCGAGGCACGUUCAGUAAAGCACAAAUGCAAGCCAUGGAGAUGGAGAUCUUGACCAACCUGAAUUGGCAUGUCCACCCGCCGACUCCCUACACCUUUCUCUCCUACUUUAUCCAGCUCUCCAAGCCAAACCCCGCCGCCAGCAAGAUUUACGAAAUGGCUCGAUACUUUGUCGAGCUGUCGGUCCUUGACUAUUACUUUGUCGGCAAGCAGGCAUCCACCGUGGCCAUUGCCGCACUCAUGAACGCCUUUGAAGAUCACCUCUCCUACGAAGAUCUCUCGGUAUUUGUGGCGCCGGGACAAGACGAACUCGUACGAGACUGCCAAGCUCGUCUACGCAGUCUCUACAAUGUACCCGAUCAAUCGGUCUUUGACCAAGGCAGUGGUGCUCCGCAGCAACCCAUCUACGGACGAACAUCCUCCCCCACCUGCGUCACCCAGAACAUUAUGUAAAUGCUCUUUCUACAAGUCUCUUCCACUAUUUCCCCCAUUGGCUGGGUGCCAUAAGUUGACAUCCAAACUUAUUUAUCUCUUCCGUGGUCAUUUUCUACAUACAACGUCCCGUGUUUUCAAUAUGAGGUUAACCAGCAAACCUCUAUCUUUUGGGUGCGGCUAUGCAAGUCAAUCCUUGCCAGCACACCCUCCCUCUAACUAUACAUAUAAUCCUAUAAAUACAAAAAGUAAGCAACAAAACGAGACGUCCAUUG